UCCACACCUCUUGUCCAUCUGCCGGCCCUCGUGCACCACCACGACUCACCCAUCUGCCGGCCCUUGUCCACACCUCUCGCCCAUCUGCCAGCCCUCGUGCACCACCACGACUCACCCAUCUGCCGGCCCUUGUCCACACCUCUCGCCCAUCUGCCAGCCCUCGUGCACCACCACGACUCGCCCAUCUGCGGCCCUCGUGCACACCUCUCAUCCAUCUGCAGGCCAUCGUCCACCCCGACUCGCCCAUCAGCCGGCCCUAGUCCACCCCUACUCGUCCAUCUGCCGGCACUCGUCCACCACAACUCAUCCAUCUGCCGGCCCUUGUCCACCCCUCUCGUCCACCACGACUCGCCCAUCUGCCAGCCCUCGUGCACACCUCUCAUCCAUCUGCAGGCCAUCGUCCACCCCGACUCGUCCACCUGCCGGCACUCGUCCACCACAACUCAUCCAUCUGCCGGCCCUUGUCCACCCCUCUCGCCCAUCUGCCGGCCCUCGUGUACCACCACGACUCGCCCAUCUGCCAGCCCUCGUGCACCACCACGACUCGCCCAUCUGCCAGCCCUUGUCCCCCACAACAUGUCCAUCUGCCGGCCCUUGUCCACACCUCUCAUCCAUCUGCAGGCCAUCGUCCACCCCGACUCGCCCAUCAGCCGGCCCUAG